AUGAAGAAGACAAAAUUGGGGGCCACUUUGUACAAUUGUAUCCGCUCGGGAGUCUACAAUCUUGAUACUGGUGUUGGGGUUUAUGCGCUUGAUGCUGAGUCAUACAAGGUUUUCUCUGACCUUUUCGAACCGAUUAUUGAGGAUUACCAUGGCUUCUAUCCAAUCAGAAGCACCCGUGAGCGAAAGACUCUGAGGGCGGAGUAUUUUCCAUCUCAAACAAGGCUCGUCUUGGUUUUUCGGAAUACGAGGCGG